AUGAAGCCACGAAAGGAUAAUGAUUUCUCAGCAAUCUCUAAACCGGUUUUCUUUGUCAAUUUCAAGAUGCCGGCCACAGCAGGUAGGGUUCGUAUGCCCGCAAACAAUCGGGUGCACAGUAGUGCAGCCCUGCAAACUCACGGUAUAUGGCAAAGCGCCAUUGGGUACGACCCUUACGCACCCAACAAGGAAGAUAAUAAUAAAUCAUCUCAGAAGUCGAUCAAUUCUGAACCGGAGGGUGAGAAUGCAUAUGCAAGCUUUCAGGGCUUGCUUGCACUUGCCCGUAUAACUGGUUCCAAUGCCGAUGAGGCUCGUGGGUCAUGUAAGAAAUGUGGCCGUGUGGGGCAUUUAACAUUUCAGUGCAGAAACUUUUUGACUGUUAAGGAUGAGAGCAAGGAGAAAGACCCAGAAGCAAUUCAGGCUGCAGUUUUGUCUGGAUUGGAGAAAUUGAAGGGGAAUGGGGCUAAGAUGAGUGGUAAAACAGCAUCUGAGAGCUCGGAUGAGAGUGAGGAAGAGGAGACUGAGAGUUCGGAUUCGGAUUAUGAUUCGGAGAUUGAGAGAGCUAUUUCUAAGAAGUAUGGAAAAAAGAUGAGCAGUAAGUUGAAGCCAUCGAGAAAGAAGAAGGAUGAUUUGGAUGAAAAUGACCGGGAGUUAGGAGAGAGGAAGAAGAGGGGAAGGUCGAAGAGGAGGAGAAGUGGGAAGAGGUCCGAUACAGAUUCUAAUGAUGAGCAUGAGGGCAGCAAGAGGAGGAGGAAGGAGAAGAAGAGAAGAGACGAGUCGUCAGAUGAGGAAGAGACUCGACAUAGGAGAAGGAAAAGUAGGAAGGAGAAGAGGAGGAGGAGAAGUCAUCCACAUUCUAAUGAUUCGAAUGAAUCUGAGGAUUCAUGUAGACGGCAUAAGCGGAGGAGCAGGAGGGCAUCUUUGCCAGAGGAUUCACGAGUUGGCAGGGACAAACAGAGGAUUGAUAAGAAGAGCAGGAAACACCAAAAUGAUGAAGAGGACUAG